CAUCAAGAAGAGAAGUUAUUGCUCAGCAACUUUUUCCAAAAAAAUUUCCUCUAAACAAGGCUGUAAUAUAUAAAAAUCUUUCUGAAAAUGAAUUGCAAUUAUUGGAUAAUGAAAUAAUUCAACAAUUUAAGUGA